GAUGAGGAGGCAGUGGUGGACCGCGGGGGCACGCGCUCCAUGCUCAACACCAACUUUGAGAAGGAAGAACUAGAAGGUCACCGCACUCUCUACAUUGGGGUUCACGUCCCCCUGGGCAGGAGGUCGCACAGACGUCACCGUCACCACGGGCACAGACACAGGAAGAGGUCCAAGGAGAGGGACUCUUCAGCUGAUGAUGGAAGAGAGUCCCCCUCACACACAGACACACCAGCUCAGAGGGUGCAGUUUCUGUUGGGGACAGAGGAUGGCGACGAGGAACACAUCCCCCACGCCUUGUUCACCGAGCUGGACGAAAUCUGCCUCAGGGAGGGUGAGGACGCCGAAUGGAAAGAGACAGCCAGGUGGCUGAAGUUUGAGGAGGAUGUCGAGGAUGGUGGCGAGCGGUGGAGUAAACCCUACGUAGCCACUCUGUCUCUACACAGUCUGUUCGAGCUUCGCAGCUGCAUCAUGAACGGCACCGUGAUGCUGGACAUGAGGGCCAACUCGCUGGAGGAGAUUGCAGACAUGGUCCUGGAUCAGCACGAGGUGUCGGGCCCUGUGGGUCAGGAUGCCAGGAAGAGGAUCCGCGAGGCCCUGCUCAAACAGCACCACCACCAAAACCACAAGAAACUGGCCAACCGCAUCCCUAUUGUACGCUCCUUCGCUGAUAUUGGCAAGAAGCAGUCUGAGCCUCAUUCCAUGGACAAGAAUGGCCAAACGGUCUCGCCUCAGUCCCAGCCAGCUAACAAUGAGGGCAAACAGGACGUCAGCCGGGAAAACAGUGCCGUCGACUUCAGCAAGAUCGACCUUCACUUCAUGAAGAAGAUCCCACCUGGUGCUGAGGCAUCCAACGUCCUGGUGGGGGAGCUUGAGUUCCUAGACCGCCCCGUGGUGGCCUUCAUCCGCCUGGCUCCUGCUGUGCUGCUCAACGGCCUGGCGGAGGUUCCCAUCACCACCAGGUUUCUUUUCAUCCUGCUCGGCCCUCUGGGAAAAGGUCCGCAGUAUCAUGAAAUCGGCCGGUCUAUUGCUACCCUGAUGACUGAUGAGAUUUUCCAUGAUGUUGCGUACAAGGCCAAAGACAGGAAUGACCUGGUGGCAGGCAUCGAUGAGUUUCUGGACCAGGUGACGGUGUUGCCUCCUGGAGAGUGGGACCCCUCCAUCAGAAUAGAGCCUCCCAAAAACGUGCCCUCUCAGGAAAAGCGGAAGAUUCCCCCUGUACCCAAUGGAGUGACAGAUCUUGGAGAGUCGGAGGAACAUGGAGGGCACGGUGGCCCUGAGCUCCAGCGCACCGGGAGGAUAUUUGGCGGGUUCAUCUUGGACAUCAAGCGAAAGGCUCCUCACUACCUUUCCGACUACACAGAUGCCAUCAGUCUGCAGUGUCUGGCCUCCUUCCUGUUCCUCUACUGCGCCUGCAUGUCACCUGUCAUCACCUUUGGAGGACUCCUGGGUGAGGCCACAGAGGGACGUGUGAGUGCGAUUGAGUCCCUGUUUGGGGCCUCCAUGACUGGGAUAGCCUACUCACUUUUUGCCGGUCAGCCCCUCACCAUUCUGGGUAGCACGGGGCCUGUUCUUGUCUUUGAGAAAAUCCUCUUCAAAUUCUGCAAGGAAUAUGGCCUCUCUUACCUGUCCCUGAGGGCCUGUAUCGGCCUGUGGACGGCCUUCCUCUGUCUACUGUUGGUGGCCACGGAUGCCAGCUCGCUUGUCUGUUACAUCACACGCUUCACAGAGGAAGCUUUCGCUGCGCUGAUCUGCAUCAUCUUCAUCUAUGAGGCUCUGGAGAAGCUGCUCCACCUUGGGGUUCACUACCCCAUCAAUAAAAACAACAACCUUCAGAAACUCACACAGUACUCGUGUGCGUGCGUGGAGCCCAGGAACCCCAGCAAUGAGACGCUGCGGUUCUGGGAGGAGAGAAACAUCACAGCCUCCCAGGUCAACUGGACCAUGCUGGAUGUCAAGGAGUGCGAGAUGUUGCACGGGGAGUUCGAGGGCAGCGCCUGCGGCCCCCAUGGCCCCUACAUCCCAGACGUCCUCUUCUGGUGUGUGGUCCUGUUCUUCUCCACCGUCUUCAUGUCCGCCUUCCUCAAGGAGUUCAAGACGAGCCGCUACUUCCCCACCAAGGUGCGAGCCAUCAUCAGCGACUUCGCUGUUUUCAUCACCAUCCUCACUAUGGUCCUUGUAGAUUAUGCCUUGGGGAUCCCCUCACCCAAAUUACAGGUCCCCAGCAAGUUCAAACCAACCAGGGACGAUCGUGGCUGGCUUAUAAACCCUGUGGGGCCCAACCCCUGGUGGACCACCAUCGUUACCUUCAUCCCUGCUCUGCUCUGCACCAUCCUCAUCUUCAUGGACCAGCAGAUCACAGCUGUCAUCAUCAACCGGAAGGAGCACAAACUGAAGAAAGGCUGCGGCUACCACCUGGACCUGUUUGUGGUGGGAGUGAUGCUUGGCGUGUGCUCGGUGAUGGGCCUGCCGUGGUUUGUGGCAGCCACCGUGCUCUCCAUCUCUCACGUGAACAGCCUGAAGCUGGAGUCGGAGUGCUCGGCCCCCGGGGAGCAGCCCAAGUUCCUGGGCAUCCGAGAGCAGCGCUUCACCGGCCUCAUGAUCUUCACCCUGAUGGGCUGCUCCGUCUUCAUGACCUCUGUGCUAAAGUUCAUCCCCAUGCCGGUGCUGUACGGAGUCUUUCUGUACAUGGGAGCCUCCUCACUCAGAGGCAUCCAGUUCUUUGACCGUCUAAAGCUGUUCAGCAUGCCGGCCAAACAUCAGCCAGACUUCAUCUAUCUUCGUCACGUCCCACUGAGGAAGGUGCACCUCUUCACCAUCAUCCAGCUCAGCUGCCUGGUCCUGCUCUGGGUGAUCAAGACCUCCAAGGCUGCCAUCGUCUUCCCCAUGAUGGUCUUGGCCCUGGUGUUCAUUCGUAAGCUGCUGGACUUCAUCUUCACCAAGAGAGAACUGAGCUGGCUGGAUGACCUGAUGCCAGAGUGGAAGAAGAAGAAGCUGGAGGACGCACAACAAGAGGAGGAGCACAGCAUUAUUGCAGAGGAAGAAGGCAUUGUACAAGUGCCACUGGAGGGAAACUACAAGAGCGACCCGGCCACAGUGAACAUCACUGAUGAGAUGUCCAAAGGAUCUUUUGGGAAUGUGUGGAAGAGUGUCAACCCUACUGAGAGCGCUAAGAAGGAACCAAGCGCUAAAAGUAGUUCCAGUGGCGGCGAAAAGCGACACAAGCGCCGGAGGCAUGAGAAGAGCUUGGACAGGGAGACAAGUUUGUGAUGACACGUACUGGCGGUGCCACUGUGCUGUCAAUCAGCAGAUCAAAAAAACAAAAAAAACUAUACCGUGCCACACUCAGCCACCUUUGUACUGUGCUACACUGUGUUUUUGUCAUGUAAGUCUGUGUGCAAGUUGUGUAAAACAGAAAAAUUUGUUAGAAACAGUAUUAACACAAGGAACCGAGACACAUUUGUGUUCUUUUUCUAUGUAUAUCAAUGUUUGGUGAUACCAGCAACAGAAGGAAGACAGAAUUAUAUGACACUUACAGUAACUGCUGUGUCAAUGGGCCAAUUAAAAAUUUUAAGCAAUUUUUAAAUCUACUUUAUUGUAUUUUGUAUGUUUUUAUAUUUUUCAAACAACAACUUCAAGUUGUCCUUUUAAGAACCUGCCACAGAGAACCGCAAGUGUGUGGACUGUGCAGCAUUGAAUGCCGCUAUUGACUUGAUGCACCUCACAAUAGAAAACCUAAAGAGUAGAUAUUUGCCAAUAUUAAUCUAUUUCACUGGUAUCUUAGAGAGUUGGCUCUAUAGCGAAUCUAGUAAUUUUUUGGAAGUAUUCAAUAUACAUUUUAUAUAUUCUGUAUAUCUAAAUGUUUUUGUGACAGUGACAGCUCAUAUCGCUCCAGAGUCUUCUCCAUUGCAAUUUUGCAACUAAAUGUCUCUCCUCCAGUAAAGCGUUUCCCCAAACAAGUGAAAGGAGUAGUUUAACAUUCUGGGAAAUGCACUUAUUCGCUUUCUUGCUGGGAUUCAGACCAGAAGUUCGACACCACUCUCAUGGCUGUAUUGAAGCUAGGGCCAGCGGCCGCCUAGCUUAGCCUAGCACAAAGCCUGAAAACGAUGAAACGGCUAGCCUGGCUGUGUCCAAAUGCAACAAAAUGUGCUAAAAACUAACUAGUUAACACUUUGUAUAAUCAAUAUAAAAACUGAAAGGUCUUCUCAUCUAAUUCUCAGCAAGAAAGCGAAUAAGUGUAAUUCCCAAAACACAUUGUUCCUUUGAGGAAGGUUUAUUUUGGGGGCAUCUUAUUGGAAAAUUACAUUUUCAAGCUAGCAUGGUGGCAUUGUUUGGGUACUUCCAGUAUCUCUAGCUAAUUGGCCUUGGCUUUUUAAAAACUCAAAUGUGCAAAUGCUGCACUUUAGGGUGACUGUACAGAAAGCUCUAUGUUUUCCACCUUCAUACUCUUUGUCAAUUUGUCAGUAAGUGUCAUCCAUGGACAUGUGAUCUCCUAUCCAAAUGACCCUCAAUGUGUUAGCAUCUGAAGCUAAUUGUUUUUAAAAGAACACCUGCAUGACGGUGAAACAGACUUGGCUGUCCCGCCGCAGGACCAUGGUUACUUCUAGAGAUGCAAUAAUACCCUUUUUCUG